CUGCCCCGGAAGUUUUUCUUCCAGAGGAACGCGCACGUUGAGCCGCUUUUGCAGUUGCUUCUUUCAGGCUACCUUCUGAUCAUGUCUUCCAAGAAGAACAGAAAACGGCUGAAUCGAAGCGCAGAGAAUGGUUCAACCUCACCCUCUUCUGCUUCCUCUUCUUCGGGGCCCUCGGCUCCUUCUGGGCCAGGCACCGCGGCGGCGGCUGGGACUCUGGUGGUGACCAACUUUUUAGAAAUGGAUGACAGAGUUCCUAAAACAUUCCAAAAUUCCCUUGUUCAACUUGGACUCAACACUAUGAAAUCUGCAAAUAUAUGUAUAGGUCGACCAGUGUUGCUUACCAGUUUGGAUGGAAAACAAGAGGUCUAUACGGCCUGGCCUGUGGCAGGAUUUCCUGGAGGCAAGGUUGGCCUGAGUGAAAUGGCACAAAAGAAUGUGGGCGUGAGCGUUGGUGAUGCCAUUCAAGUCCAGCCUCUUUUGGGUGCUGUGCUUCAGGCUGAGGAAAUGGAUGUGACACUCAGUGACAAAAAUGUGGAUAUUAAUGAAGAACAACUGACUGGUUGUCUUCUGAGAAAACUAGAUGGCAAGAUUGUUUUACCAGGCAACUUUUUGUAUUGUACAUUCUAUGGACGACCAUGCAAGUUGCAAGUGUUGAGAGUGAAAGGGACAGAUGGCAUGAUAUUGAGAAGGCCUCAGAAUGACACUGAUGCUCAAGGAAUGGCCUGUGAACAGUCCAACAUAGACACCAGUACCCUGGAUGUAGCCUUACAGCUGAGCCAGUUAGAUCUGGAAGAGCCUCGGGAUCCAACAUCAAGCAGUACUCCUUGCAAACCAGUAGAUGACAGAAUGAUAAAUAAAGCUAGUGACAUUUUUUCAGAUGUUACACAGAGUCCUAGGGACAACAGUGGACUUGAACUAGCAGAGAUCACAGGACUUAAAUGUAGUUUUGAAUUGGCCAAAGGAGGAAAUGAGCAACUUGUUAAUGAAGAGAGAUUGCUAAAGUCAGCCUAUGUGGGAACAAAGCACAACACUGAUACUUUUUAUUUUAUUUCUUCAACAACGAGAGUGAAUUUUACAAAGAUUUGUACAAAUUCAGAAGAGCAAGACAACCAAUUCAAAGUAACUUACGACAUGAUAGGAGGCUUAAAUAGUCAGCUGAAAACAAUUAGAGAAAUAAUUGAAUUGCCUCUCAAGCAGCCUGAACUUUUCAAGAGUUACGGAAUUCCUCCACCUAGAGGAGUGUUACUCUAUGGCCCUCCAGGUACUGGGAAGACCAUGAUUGCUAGGGCUGUUGCUAAUGAAGUCGGAGCCUAUGUUUCUGUAAUUAAUGGUCCUGAAAUUAUAAGCAAAUUCUAUGGGGAGACAGAAGCAAGGCUACGUCAGAUAUUUGCUGAAGCCACUCUACGGCACCCAUCAAUUAUUUUUAUUGAUGAGCUGGAUGCACUUUGUCCUAAAAGAGAAGGGGCUCAGAAUGAAGUGGAAAAAAGAGUGGUAGCAUCACUGUUAACACUGAUGGAUGGUAUUGGUUCAGAAGGAAGUGAAGGACAAGUGUUGGUCCUUGGGGCCACAAAUCGCCCUCAUGCCUUAGAUGCUGCACUUCGAAGACCUGGACGAUUUGAUAAAGAGAUUGAGAUUGGAGUUCCUAAUGCUGAGGAUCGGCUAGAUAUCCUCCAGAAGCUUCUUCGAACUGUACCCCAUUUGCUCACUGAAGCUGAGCUGCUACAGCUGGCAAAUAGUGCUCAUGGGUACGUUGGAGCAGACUUGAAAGCUUUGUGUAAUGAAGCAGGUCUCUAUGCCUUACGGAGAGUCUUGAAGAAACAGCCUAAUCUCUCUGAUAGCAAGAUGGCUGGGCUGGUGAAGAUUACUCUGAAUGAUUUCUUACAAGGGAUGAAUGACGUCAGGCCCAGUGCUAUGAGGGAAGUAGCAAUCGAUGUACCAAAUGUAUCCUGGUCAGAUAUAGGAGGACUGGAAAAUAUCAAACUAAAAUUGAAACAGGCUGUGGAAUGGCCUUUGAAACAUCCAGAGUCUUUCAUUCGAAUGGGUAUUCAACCACCUAAAGGAGUUCUUCUGUAUGGGCCACCUGGAUGCUCUAAAACAAUGAUUGCAAAGGCUUUAGCCAAUGAGAGUGGCCUGAAUUUCCUAGCUAUAAAGGGGCCUGAAUUAAUGAAUAAAUAUGUUGGUGAAUCUGAAAGGGCUGUUAGAGAGAUCUUCCGAAAAGCGAGAGCAGUGGCUCCUUCCAUUAUUUUCUUUGAUGAACUUGAUGCCUUAGCAGUUGAAAGGGGCAGUUCUUCAGGUGCCGGGAAUGUAGCUGACCGUGUUCUGGCUCAGCUCUUAACGGAAAUGGAUGGUAUUGAACAGUUAAAGAACGUGACAAUUUUGGCCGCUACUAACCGCCCAGAUAGGAUAGACAAGGCUUUGAUGCGGCCUGGAAGAAUUGAUAGAAUCAUCUAUGUGCCGUUACCAGAUGCAGCAACAAGAAGGGAAAUAUUUAACCUGCAGUUUCAUUCUAUGCCAGUCGGUAAUGACGUUGAUCUGGCUGAACUCAUCCUCCAAACUGAUACAUAUUCAGGCGCAGAGAUUAUAGCUGUCUGUAGAGAGGCGGCUCUUCUGGCUCUGGAAGAAGACAUUCAAGCCAACCACAUUAUGAGAAGGCAUUUUACUCAAGCCUUGAGCACUGUGACACCCAGAAUUCCUAAAUCAUUGAGACGUUUCUAUGAAGAGUAUCAGGAGAAGAGCGGGCUACAUACACUCUGAGAAAGUAUGCAUGUUCAGUAUGCUAAAAAUGCUUUCUAGAGAAAACUUGUUUCUUUUUAAAAUUUUGUCUUGAGAGUGUCCAAAAAAAAACCUCUCAUAAGCAAAAUGUCUGAAAUUGAGAGGCUUCAGUGUUUAAAGACAUUUUAAAUCAUAUGGAUACAAUGAAAAUGUCCAUGAAAAUCUUUGGACACAACUUUAAGUCAGUUUUAUCUGGAAAUGUGUGCUGUUUUAAAGAGCAAACUUCAGCUUUUUCAUUUUUGACCUAGUUUAUUCAUCUCAUGAAAUGCUUUCCUCACUCCAGAAUCUGUUUCACUGCAUUGCUAAAUGCCCAGCCUGUGAACCUCAGUUUUAUACGAGAACAUAGAAAAUGCAUGUGGUUGGGCACCUAAGCGGUUCAGUCAUUUAAGUGUCCAUCUCUUGAUUUCAGCCCACAGUUUGUGAGUUCAAGUCCCACAUAGGGCUCUGCACUGCCAGCGUGGAGCCUGCUUGGGAUUCAUUCUCUCUCUCUCUCUCUCUCUCUCUCUCUCUCUCCCUCCCUCCCUCUCUCUCUUUCUCUCACUCUCCCCCCACCACUUGCUCUUCUCUCUAAAUAAAUAAGUAAAAGAAAAUGCAUGUGGAUUAAUCCAUAGUGAGAAAUAUUUACAGACCAUUAUUUUUAAAGGCCAGCCAGUGGAAUAGACAAAUGCACAAACCAAACUUUUGUGGCCUUGUUUCUAGAUAUGUAUUUGUUUUCAUUAUAAUUCACACCUACAUGUUUGCUUUGGCCUUCUUAAUCUCUACUUAUGGCAAUAAAAAAGAGAGAGAGAGAGAGAGAAUUGAGAGUUAUUUCAUGUAAUCCCCCUUGCCAAGUUUAAAAAAUUGGAAACAUAGGGGCGUCUGGGUGUCUCAGUCAGUUAAGUGUCUGACAUCGGCUCAGAUCGUGAUCUCACGGUUCGUGAUUUUGAACCCCAUGUCAGGCUGUGUGCUGACAGCUCAGAACCUGGAACCUGCUUCAGAUUCUGUGUCUACCUUUCUCUCUACCCCUCCCCCACUUGUGCUCUGUCUCUGUCUCUGUCUCUCUCUCUCUCUCAAAAAUAAAUAAACAUUAAAAAAAUUUUUUUUCAAUUGGAAACAUAAGCCCAGUUCAGGCCUAGAGCAAUCGACUUGUUUUGUUUUGUUUCAUAAGAUACUAUAAAUAAAUUGUAUGUUCAUGUUUUGAGUUGCACACAUUUUCAGGUUACCAAUAAACUUUUUCAUUUCAAAGAUAAACCAAAUUAAUUGUACUAUUAGUCAUAUUUUCUUAUGUUGCAUUUUAAAUUUUUUUUUUCAACGUUUAUUUUUAUUUUUGGGACAGAGAGAGACAGAGCAUGAACGGGGGAGGGGCAGAGAGAGAGGGAGACACAGAAUCGGAAACAGGCUCCAGGCUCUGAGCCAUCAGCCCAGAGCCUGACGCGGGGCUCGAACUCACGGACCGCGAGAUCGUGACCUGGCUGAAGUCGGACGCUUAACUGACUGCGCCACCCAGGCGCCCCUGUUGCAUUUUAAAUAUAUGUAUUUUUGCUCUUAAUUCUUUAUCUUUGGAAUUUCUUGACACUUUAAUAUUCUAUAAAUAUCUUUGAAAAACUGUCGGAAAUCGAUUCCCUGACUUCCAGUUCAGAAACUGGCAAUGGAAAGAAUGUGCCCUAGAUCUUUGAAAAUUUCCAGAAAGACAAGUCAGGCAAGAAAUACCUGAUUAUCAAAAUAAUGGGACUAUACAGUUUUGUGGUGGUAGAUAUUCUGAAGUCAUGUCUCAACUGUCUUAUCCUUUGACUAUCAAAAAUAGAUUUGCAAGGCGUUUUUUUCCCAGACUACAUUGGUUUAUUAGUAUAUACAUGAAAUCACCAGGGGACAAAGAAUAUUACUACUAUUUGGAGCUCUGUUGUCAAAUAGACGCUAGUCACAUAUGACUAUUUAAAUUUAAAUUUUAAUGAAUUAAAAUUAAAUAAUAUUAAAAAUUUAGCCCACCAGACACGUUAACCACAUUUCAGGUGUUCAGUAGUCAUGUGUGGUAAAUGUCUGCCAUGUGGACAGAAUAAAUUGUAGACCACUUCCAUCACUCAGAACGUUCUGUUGGUUUCUGCUGAUUUAGAAUAGAAGGCUUACUCAAUGAAAUAAAUAGGACCUCGAAAUUACUUUUAUGCUUCCCAUUUUCCCUUCAGUUAUUAGAGGACCAUAACUUCUUCCCUCUAAGUGCCAAGGGCGCAAAAUAAAUAAAAGAAAAACCUAUCCCCAAAGGCCUAAACAGAAAAAAUUUUAAAUUCUUGUUGCCAAUAAAAUAAAAAUCAGAACAGCAAGCUUCACCUGACACGGGCUUUCAAGCUGGAAACUGGGUGGUGGGGAGGAAGGUGGUGAUCUCAACAAGGAGUUCACAUGUUAAUGGCCACUUAGACCCUUCAACCCAUGUGACGUACAAAGUUAUAACUGAGCCUCAUAUAGAAUGCCCAGGUCAUUAAAGACCAACACCUUCAGUGUAAGGGCAGACUAGAAAAGAAAUUCUUCUGCUGGCAAGAGAGGUCACAGGGAGCCCUCUUGACUUAAGUCUGUGCUUUGGAUUAAACAAAAAAAGAGGCUCCUCUGAGAAUUCUGACUACAAGCUUACCUGACCACAGGUUCCAGGCUUGAAUUCAUACCACCUUUGUGAUACGGAAACUUGACACCUAAAAAUUAACAUGAAAACAUCCUUGGAGAUAUCCUUGGAGUGACUAGCAGUUGCAGUAGUCAGAGGAACAUAUCCUCACCCAGGCCACAGAGGAUUCCAACAGCUAAAACCCUGCUUGCAGAGUGUAUAAUCCCCAAGGUUGUGGAUCACUAGAGCCUCACACUCUGCUAGUAGAGCAUAAAUUGGUACAGCUACUUUGGAAAGCCAGCUGGCAUAUCUAGUAAUGUUGAAGAUUCUAUAAAUUAAGUGUUCUCUUUGGUGUAUAUCUCAGAGCAAGUUUUUUACAAUGAGGUAACGAAUAAGAAAAUCAUAGCACCAUUAUUUCUGAGGAGUACAAAACUGGAAACAAUCUAUCCCAUCAGUCAGAGAAUGGAUUUCUACCCAAUACCUACACAUUGCUGUACUUACGGCAGUAAAAGAAUUAGAGCUACAUGGAAAACAAGAAUUUCAAAAAGAACAUUUUGGAAGAACACUUGCAAUUUUUUUUAAGUUUAAGGCAUGCAAAAUAAUAUAUGUUGUUUAUGGGGACAUGUGUAAUAAACGACUAUGGAAUGGAAGUGAAAAGCAUCAAAUACGGGGGAGGAAAUUCCUCAAGGGAGAAAAGGCUAAAAUGUCAUAUCUUAAACUGCAUGCUGUGAAUACACGUGUUGAUUGCAA